AUGGGUAAUGGACUUGGAAUUGGCACAGUUGGGUCUUAUAGUGGAGGUUGGUAUGAUCUGUACUCCCAAAAGUGCUGUCUUUGUGAAAACGGCUCUCAUAAGGUUUCUUCACAUGAGCCUGGUUGACUGCCCUGGCUCGGUUUUCGGGGUCUCACCUUACUCUAAAUCCUUAGUAAAAUUUUCAUCGUGUUCAUGUGAAGGGUGGGAUCUCCGUAAGGGGGCUGGAAAUUUUGCCAAAUGAACACUUCAGUCCAGUUACCAGGAUGAAAGCAGGAUUAAUUCUGGUUGCCCUGGAUGGCAUUGUCUCGCAUUGCCUGCUGUAUUUUCCACAUCAAAAGCAUCCCAUUUAACUGCAAUGAUACAGAUAUAAGAGUUGCCAAAGCGAUGAUAGGCACAAAAGUUAUAACUUUGUGUUUAGCUAGCGAAGUUUGCUUUGUUUCUCGAAUUUCGCGCCAGAACUCGUUCCAGGAUCUUCUGCCUUUUCCCAUCUUUGAAACCAGUCUGAAAUUUCUUAUGUGAACCCAUGGCAAAAUUGGUCCUGGUAACCCCGCCAACCCAGUCAACUGGGUGCAUGUGAAGAGGCCUUUUAUCUUUUUUAAAUUUAUUAGUAUUGACAGAGAACAGUAUGAAAUUUUUCCCUUUUUAAUUGAAUCAAUGCCCUGUAACACAGAGAGUGGUCACAAGAAUUAACGAUAUGACAUCACAGGACAAAUUAAAUUGAUACUUAAACCAAUAAUAAGUCUACGCUAUUUUUAUAGAAAAAUGGAAAGGCAGAGGACCAGGGUGAAAAGAAAAAGGAGUUUUUAAAACUUGCCUGCCCUUUUUGGCCAGUUGUAACUAGCAUUUACUGGCCUGAAAGUCCUUUUAACUAGGUUGGGGAAGAACUUUUUGAUUAAUGAUUAAUUUAUUAGCUGUUUUUUGCAUGCUGCAGGACAAAAAGUUCUUGUGGAGGACUCAACAUUUUGCUGCCAGGGCAUACAAUGUUUUGGGCUUGUUUUUUGUUAACAACUAGCUGCCAGUAUCAAUAUAUCAAAGACCAAAAUCCUUCCUGACAUGUUUACCCUUUCUGAACCAGUCAACUCUCAUGCAUUAUGCAGGGCACUGAUCUCAUGAAACAAGAACAAUUUCUCAUACCUGACUCACAAAUCUGGAUGAAUGCUUCUUGAGCUCGUGAUUUACAACAAAAAUACAAUUCAAUUUGGCAAAAAAUAUUCCAAAAAGGUGCUUGAUGUUGACUUUGUGUUCUAAUAGUAUCACAACAUGCAAAAUUUUUGCUUUUGAAAUAGCUUCAAAAAUGCUCAAAAGUUGGACAUCUUUGAACAUUUUCAGCAAUGUGUGAGGGUCCUCGGAAAAUCUUUAAAAUGUUCAGAAAAAAUUUGUUUGCUGGAAGUUGUUGGGAUUAUUUCAUAAAUUCAGGUCAUCACAAGAACAAAUCUCACACUGUUGGGUCAGAAAAAGUUGGCAGGUAUACCUUUCUACCAACUAAUUUUUCUUUAUCGUUCUUUAGCAGGGGGCAUUCUAGGUGCUUCGCCUUAUGCGCUUGGAGGUAUCCCAAGUGGGAUGCCAGUAGUCAGUGCUGUCCCAAAUGCAACAUCCCUUGAAGGAAACUCCAGUCACUAUGUUACAAACAGAUAUGUUGUUGGAAAUCAAGCAGCCAUUGUUCAUGGCUACAGUGGAACUAGCUGUGGAGAAUACAUUAGCAGUAAAGGUGCUUAUCAUUCAAUGGUGUACUCGCGGUGA